UCUUUCUUUCUUUUUACUCGUCUUUUAGCUCAAAAGAAGCGAAGAAAUCAAGGCAGAGAGAGAGAGAGAGAAAGAAUAACAGAGAUCCAUGGAAGGCCUUCAAAGAUCAACCAUCUCCUUCCGCCGUCAGGGAUCUUCCGGCAUAGUCUGGGACGACCGUGUCAUCGCCGAGCUUAACAAACAGGCCAACGAGCAGAAAGAAGAAAGUCAACGCGACGAACAGCCUAAGCCGCUGUCGGAAACCUCUGAGCAACCGAAACCGAUCGCCGGCGACGAGAAAGACAAGCUCAGGCCGAUCAAAACCGGUGUUCCAGCAAUCGAGAGGAGUCGAUCUAACGGCGGAGGAGCCGCACGACACCACAGAACAACCGGAAGAGUGUCUCCUGCGGUGGAGCCGCCGUCUCCGAGACUUUCGACGUGCGGUUGCUGCUCUGCGUUUGGGAAGAAACCGCCGGGGAAGAAGAACAAUCCGAGGAAAAGGCCACCGAAGCGCAGAUCGAGGUAGGCAUGCAAAUUAAAAGAGAUAAAUAGUAAUACUGUCUUUGAUCUUUCUUUUUUUUUUUUUUUUUUUUUUUUUGUAUUUCUCUGUGUGGCUCUCUGAUACAAUCUUUAUUUCUCUUCUGGAUUUCCUCCGGUUAAGCUUUAUAGAUUGUGAUACUUAUGAUUUUUUCUGGGUGAUUUGUAAAUUAGCUAUCAAGAUAUAAUUUCUGUA